UGCGCACUGCGCACAACUAGGACUUUGAGAAUAUGUGGGACAUCGCGUUGCUUUAGAGCUUUUAGAGUAGAAUAUUUUGAUUUAAUGUAAAGGGGGAAUUGAUUAUUAUUUAUUUUAUUAAUUAUUACUUAUGUAAUAAGUGGUUUUUUUUAUAAUGGAUCCUCGUUUACAUAGACGGCCCGAGCCAGAAAAAGAGCCUUCUGAGUUGGUGAUUGAAUGGAUUAAUGAGGCAUCGAUAUCUUCCGAUGAGACCGUAAAAGUAACAAAUCUCUGCAAAUUGCAAGAGAUUGUUAUUAACAAUAAAGAUUCGCAAUUGUUACAUAUUUAUUUAGAAGAGAUUUUACAAUUUUCCUUGGAUAGACAAGCGGAAGUGAGAAAAGCCGUUAGUGGAUUUAUUGAAGAGGCUGGAGAAAAACAGCCUGAGGUCAUUCCACGUUUAGUACAAACACUAUCGAGAUUAGUGGGCGAUGAUGCACCAGCUGUGGCAAAGAGAGCUCUCAGAACAAGCGGUAGAAUACUACGAGCCACCUUAAAAUGGGUUGCAAGUGCUCCGAUUGUUACUUCAGACAUGGAAACAGCUUGGACACAACUUAGCAAACUCAAAGUUCAGAUUAUAAACAUGAUUGACAGCGAUAAUGAUGGAAUUCGAACUCAGGCCGUUAAAUUUCUCGAAGGAGUUGUCUUAAUUCAAACCUAUCCAGAUCCGGAUAGUCCAAAGAAGCAAGACGAUUUUUCACUCGAAGAUGUUCCAUUGACGUUAAAAAUUGCACGUCGACGAAAAUUGGAGGAGGAGGCAAAUCACGUUAUGGAUCUUUUAAUUAAAUUUCAUGGUUCUCCGCACGUUAGCAGCGUGAAUUUAAUGACGUGCAUGGGAUCAUUGGCACUUGUCGCCAAAACAAGACCACAAUUCAUGUCGAAUGUCAUUCAAGCUCUGCAGCGCUUACAACAUGAUUUACCGCCAACAUUAUCGGACUCACAAGUGACCAGUGUACAGAAACAAUUGAAAUUGACUCUUCUUGGAUUAUUGAAACAUCCGGCAAGUGUUGAAUUCGCUCAGUCUAUUGCAAAACAAUUGACUCAACUUGGAGCGAAGGAGCAGGAAAUUAUUAAAGCUUAUCCUAAACCAGAGGAUAUUCGAAGAAUGAAGAAGCGUUUACAGGAAAAUGCAGCAAAUUCGGCGGCUAAACGAGCGAAAUUAGAUACACCAAUUAUUCCCGUUGAGGAAAUAGAACCUGUUCCGCUUCCAGUGCCACCGCCAAAAAUGCCGGAGUUAGUUGAACUCUCCGAAAGUUUUAUCGCCGAACGACUCAGCGUUGAAAUCGCCUCCGAUCUCGUUAUGGACAGCAUGGCUUGGGUUCCGGAUACAAUGACAAAAAUAUUUCAACGUGAAUAUCAGCCGACAGCAACGACGGACAUCAUUAUCCAACGGCAAACAAUUGCGAAAUUAUUGUCGACACAAAUUAAGCAGGCGAUUGCUAAGAAAAAUAAGAGAGACACAAAGGAUGAGGACGCUGUUAUGGAGGAUUUGAUAAAAAAUCCAACGAUAACAGUUGCCGAGGCGAAGAGGGAGAGAAAACGUGAGAAAGACAGGGAAAAGGAGAAGGAGGCAAAGGCAUCAUUAGAAGCGCAUGAAAAGUCUUUGGCUAAAGCGAGAAGUCGAUUGAAAGCAUUAAAGUUCUCCGAAGUCACGAAACCACUCAGUCGGAAUGUUAAAGAGAAUAUGUUAUUGAUGGCAGUGCACAGAAUAUUAAGCGCCGAAAAGGUCGCUGUUCUUGGCGGCGUAUCUGAAGUUAGAGCGAAGAUUUUAACGACAGUCGCGGCAACUUUUAAUCCGGAAAUUAGAAGAUUGGUUCUUCAGUACAUUACAGACGAUGUUAGAUCGCGAUUGGAUUUGGCUUUGGGUUGGCUCUAUGAAGAAUAUGCUUUAUUACAAGGAUUCCAACGGAGAACGACGUUGUGUUCAAAACCACAGGAAGCACCACAUCAGCCGUACAAUUCUCUUUUUUGCACUUUAGUUCACGCUAUUAAUGCUGUUCCUGGACGGGAUCGCGAUUUAUUACUCUCUAGGUUAUAUUUGGAGUCCCCUUCGAUCACGGACGAUGCUAUUGAAGCUCUUAAAAUGGUUUCAUUGGAAGAGAGCCGGGGACUUGCACCUUUGAAUCUUCUCAAAGAACUGAGCAUUCGACGGCCAACGAAGCAUUUUAACUUUUUGAAUGUAAUUUUAUGCCAUACUGGACAUGAGAGCAAUACGAUUCGUGAGACGGCGAUCAAAUUAGUUGUUGAGUUACACGGCAGACCAGAAUUAAAAGUUAUGAUUGGAGAGUACGCCAUGCUCUAUUUAGGUUUUCUACGAUUACAAAAUCCUCCGGAAAUUGUAUUUGGAAUUGAUCGCGGACGACCGAAUAUCAGCGAAAAAUGGACGGAAUCAACAACCAAAGCUUGUCUCGGACUUUAUCUUGCCCUCUUGCCCGAGCAGCAAGUUUUAAUUCACGAAUUGGCGAGAGUUUACACAUCAAUGGGUGCGGACGUAAAGAGAAUAGUUCUUCGAUUAGUGGAAGGUCCAGUAAGAAUAUUGGGUAUGGCUAGUCCCCAAUUAUUGGCACUGGUUGAAAAUUGUCCCAAAGGUGCCGAAACUUUAGUGACGAGAAUUAUUCACAUUCUCACAGAAAAAGCGGCGCCAAGUACCGAAUUGGUACAAAGAGUACGUGAACUCUAUCAAACACGUGUAUCGGACGUGAGAUUCCUUAUUCCUGUUUUAAACGGUCUAACGAAAUCGGAAGUUAUCGCUGCCUUGCCCAAACUUAUUAAACUCAAUCCCAUUGUCGUGAAAGAGGUGUUUAACAGGUUACUAGGAACUCAUAAUAACGAAAGUGGCGUUCCUCAUACCUCCCCAGUUACACCCGCUGAAUUAUUGAUUGCCUUGCAUACGAUUGAUCCCGCCAAAGCCGAACUAAAGACUGUUAUCAAAGCAACUUCGUUGUGCUUCGCUGAAAAACAAGUUUAUAGCCAAGAAAUUGUUGCAUUGGUGAUACGUGAACUUGUUGAAAUAACUCCACUGCCGACAUUAUUGAUGCGAACGGUGAUUCAAAGUUUAUCGCUCUAUCCAAGAUUAAGUGGUUUUAUUAUGAAUAUUCUUCAACGUUUAAUUGUUAAGCAAGUUUGGAAAUAUCCAAAAGUUUGGGAGGGUUUUGUCAAAUGUUGCGAACGAACUCAACCGCAAAGUUUUGCUGUUAUUUUACAACUCACUCAUGUGCAAUUGGCCGAUGUCUUGAAAAUCAGUCCGGCUCUUAAAAAACCAUUAUUGACGCACAUCGAUUCAUUUACUGAAAAUCAGAAAGCACAUAUUCCAGUGAUGAAAAUGGACGUGAUACGAGGGACUGUGCGUGAAGAUUUUUCCCGCGGAAAUCCACACGAUAACUUCGAUAUUGCACCACCUGGAGAUUUCUCAAUAGAGGAAAAAAUGGAGACUGAUCCCUCGGAACCGGCACCUCCAGGAUUAGAUUAAAAAUUUUUUUUUUUAAUUCUUAUUUUUAAAAGUUACACGCAUGAAAAGAAUUUCAAAAUAUCGAUAAUAAUUUCGAUAAAAAGAAUAUCGUUUUUCAAUAUUUUCAUAUUAUUUUUUUUCUUGCUAUAUUGAAAUUCUUUGAAAUGAAAAUUAUCUAGAUUUCUUAUCUUAAAUUUAAUUCGUAAAGUAUUAAUUGGAUUUGGUUUAAUAUUAAUGGAAAAUGAAAUGAAAAAAAUAUUUUAUGAAUUUAGACAACUAGAUAAAAGUAUUUGUAAAAAAAUAUAUUUAUUAUAAAAAUUAAUGAACAUUCGCCUGUAAACUUUAUGAAUUUGUGUAGUUCGUUUACACAUUGAUUGAUAUACAGUGUUAAAUUUU